AAAAAAAAAAAAAAUGGACGCCCAAAUACCAACACAAACGCCCGCACAACCUGUGCCCGCAGAGGCGCAACCCGCCCCCAGCAACCCGAACACCAAUAUCGGUGCGGCAGCAGCAGCCGUUAACUACGUCACCACCACAGCUACAUCAUCGGUGGCUGCCCAGACAGCGACCUCAACAAACUCUGUGCCGAAUUCGGUGGCGAAUGUUGUUACCAUACCCGUACCCAUUGUACAAAACGAAGAGAACUACACAUAUGUGACGGUGAAGGGCUCGCUGCACGAUCGCUCAUGCGCCGUGUUCGGUCUUAAUGAUACGGAAAUCCUAGCGUUGUCCAAACGUUUCGCUAACGGUUUAAAGGGAGCCGUGAAUGGUAUAAUGGUAACGAUUCCACCGAUGGAUAUGGUAAACACAUUGGCGCAAUUGAGCUAUAAAGUAAUUUGUAGUUGUGGUGAGGCGGAGAUCAGUUGGACUAUGCAACGCGAAAUUUAAACCACCCUUCAUCGUAGCAUGAC